GUAGUAGUAGUAGUAGUAGUAGUAGUACACGCAGAGUUGUUGAGUGUGCGAGAAUAGAGGUGAUAUUCUUGGAGAGAAAAAGUAAAAAAGAAAAAGUCUGAGUCUGAAGGAGUGAUCUAUCCCAGCACCUCCACGUAACCCCUUGCAUGUCACCAAAACAGCACUCUUCAGCCCACACGCCACACCUGUCCGUUUUAGAUACUCCCCCUUCAUUCCCUUAAUCACUCCCUUCCCUUCUCGAUCUCACACAACAGCUCCAACCUUCCCUUCCACCAUGGCGGACCAAUACCCAAGCCCGGCCCAAGCCCACAGAGCCACUGCCCCACCCCCCUCCCUCUCAGCCGCGUUUCUCCAAAAACUCCAGGACCGGGCCCCCAACUCAACCCAGCUCGCCGGCAUCUUACCCCUCCUCGUAACCGCCUCCGUCUUCCUCCUCCUGACGGGCCUAACCGUCGCAGGGGCCGUCCUGGGCCUCAUAUUUUUCCUCCCCUUAAUCAUCGUAUCAAGCCCAGUGUGGGUCCCAGCCGGCACCCUCUUAUUCAUCGUCACCGCAGGGUUCUUGUCCGUGUGCGGUUUCGGCGUUGCACUCGUGGCCGCGCUGUCGUGGAUGUACCGUUACUUCAGGGGGCUCCACCCGCCCGGUUCCGACCGCGUCGACUACGCGCGGAGCCGCAUUUACGACACCGCCAGCCACGUCAAAGACUACGCCAGGGAAUACGGCGGCUAUUUGCAGAGUAAGGUCAAAGAUGCAGCUCCCGGUGCGUGAGGACCCACCCGAUUAAGAUCGGAUCGGGUCAUAUCCACCAACUUACGGUGUGUAACUAUGGAUAUUCCGUCAACUUUCUUUUAUUUUUUUUCUUUUCUUGUGAUGCUGCCUGUUCCUCGAUCGACUUUAUUCCCUCCACUAGGGUUAUCGGCGUCGUUGUGUUUUAUAUUUCUGAAUGCCAAUGCUAAAUGUAGUUCUGUUAGAAUUUUGGUCUUGUACGAGAAUGUGCUCAAGACUUUACGAUUUUAUUUUUUCUCACUAAAA